CAGAAAUUUGAGCGGGUCUCUUCAAGUUGUGAAGCAGAACAAGAAAAAAAGACCCUUCAACAGCACUCGCCCUACCCUUCACGGAUCAAAUACCUCUCAAACCUUCUCCCCAGACGAGCAGUGCGAUCGACAAUAAGAUCCAUAAAACACCGCCGUCAUGCCCAAAUCCAAGCGCGCCCGCAUCGUGCACACUUCGCAAGUCCAGAAAAAGCCCGGCAAGGAGCGCACCACCGCGCUCUUCGAAGCCGUCCAGGAGGCGACGGACAACUAUGCGCACGCCUUCGUCUUCGGCGUGGAGAACAUGCGCAACACCUACUUGAAGGACGUCCGCCAGCAAUUCAGCGACAGCCGGAUUUUUUACGGCAAGACUAAGGUCAUGGCCAAGGCGCUGGGCGUGGACAAUCAGUCGGAACAUGCGCCAGGCCUGGCGAAGUUGACGCGGUAUCUCAAGGGCAAUGUCGGCUUGCUGUAUACCAAUCGCGAGCCGCAGGAGGUUCUGGACUUCUUCCAGGAGUUUGUGGAGAUUGAUUUCGCGCGAGCCGGGGUCACAGCUUCAAGAACGUUUAUCGUGCCGGAAGGCGUUGUGCACAGUCGCGGUGGAGAGGAGAAGGCGGAGGAUGAUGUGCCGUUGCCACACUCAUUGGAGGUCACAGUCAGGAAAUGGGGUAUGCCGACUCGGCUAGACAAGGGCAAGGUCACGCUCGAUCAACCGUACACUGUCUGUGAAGAAGGCAGAGAACUCAACAGCAACCAGACGGCACUCCUCAAACUGUUUGGAGUGGCACUUGCCGAGUUCAAAGUCGAGGUCAAGGCGUAUUGGAGCGCGGCGACCAAGGAGGUUACGGAGGUAGACGGUUCUGCAGACACAAUGGCAGAAGGAUGAAGAUUGGCAUGACUUUUGAGAAUUUGUUUUGUUUUGUGCUUCCCACGACUUUGAUGCGCUAUGUACUAUGUACUCUAGCAAGGCGUUGGCGGCGUUGUUGCAGAUAUUUCGGCCUAAUGAAAAUGGCCUUCCUGAUUGAAACGAUAAACCAUGCACCGUGAAACAGACGCCAGUACCACCAUUCGCAGUCCCAUCAUCAUCAAUUCCAUUCACAAUG